CUGAAAAGAAGGUUCCAGACGUGGAGCACGGGCGGCGUUUUCACUUCUCAGUGCUGCGGCGGCUCGACCCGUGACCAUGGCGGUGAGCGAGGAGCUACAGAAGGAUCUAGAGGAGGUGAAGAUACUGCUUGAAAAGGCCACUAUGAAAAAGAUACGUGAUGCCCUUACAGCAGAGAAAUCCAAGAUUGAAACAGAAACUAAGAAUAAGAUGCAACAGAAACCACAGAAAAAAGAUCAUCUUGACAAUGACAAGCCAGCUGCCGUGGUAGCUCCCAUUAUAACACGAUACAGUGUGAAGAUCAGCAACUAUGGAUGGGAUCAGUCAGAUAAUUUUGUGAAAAUCUACAUUACCUUAACUGGGGCUCAUCAAGUACCCCAUGACAAUGUGCAGGUGCAUUUUACAGAGAGGUCGUUUGAUCUUUUGGUGAAAAGUCUUAAUGGGAAGAAUUAUUCUAUGAUUGUGAACAACCUCCUGAAGCCCAUCUCUGUGGAAGGUAGUUCAAAAAAAGUCAAGACUGACACAGUUCUUAUCUUAUGUAAAAAGAAGGUAGAAAACACUCAGUGGGACUACCUGACUCAGGUGGAAAAAGAAUGCAAAGAGAAAGAAAAGCCCUCCUAUGACACAGAGACAGCUCCUAGCGAAGGGCUGAUGAAUGUGCUGAAGAAAAUCUAUGAAGACGGAGAUGAUGAUAUGAAGCGGACCAUUAAUAAAACCUGGAUGGAAUCAAGAGAGAAGCAAGCCAAAGGAGACCCAGAAUUUUAAGACUUUAAAGUCAUUUUGGGGGACUGAAAUACUGGUAUUUCCAGUAAGGAAAUGUUGGCAAGCUAGACUAACAACUCUUCCGAGAGUCCUGAGGAAAGGUAACUUAGAACUGGAGGAGUGACUCGUUUAUGCAAAAUAGGCCCAUUA